CUGCAAUAAUACUAGGAUUCCCUUCCCACACAUGAGCAGGUCUUGUUGGCCUUGCGUAAAUUUCAUCUCUAUUAUUUACCACUAUCACCUUAUAUUGCCCAGAUCGAGGAUUUGGAUUUACGUAAGCAAAAAGUAAACACAUAACUUCACACUUGCAGUGGCACAAGAGGAACGCGUUAACGGGUUGAGAGUACAAUUGUCAAUGAGAAUCACUUCUCAUGCCCAUCUGGUGGCUGGUAAACAUACAGGCAUAAUCUUCGAAGUUGUCGUACAAUUUAAUUUUUCCUAAUCCUAUUCGCAUAAUAGACUUACUUUUUUUCAUUGCUGCUAACGCAUUUGGCUACCUUUUUUUGAAUCAAAACAAAGGCCAGACGGGCAAAAUGUUAUUUCGUCAAAAUGAGGAUCCAUAACCAUACAUUAAUAAUAAUAUCGACCGCCUGUUUUUCAAGGCACAUACGAAAAAAUGUCAAAUUUUAAUUUAACACGUUAAGUUCGCACUACUAGGUAUUUCUUUUUUAUCGCACCUACUGACCUUGUAAAAUUGUAGCUAAGUUGUUGAAUAGGAUCUGACUUUAGCUUGGUACAUAUCCAACACGAAGCUCCGUUGGUAAACAAUUCAGUACAUCCUAAAACGAAGCUAAAAUUAGUUGUAGAUAACUUACUUGGGAAAUAUUUCGUAGAUAUGCAGUGAGCUAAGAUUUUAAGCCGCACCACACCAGGAAUAACUAAUUAGGCCUACCUUGGAUUCUGGGACUGGACCAGGACAUAUUGCCUGAAAUGUCAGAAGACGGUGAGUCUCGGUACCCAAUAUCUCGGUGCAGCUCAGCUGGCUCCCUAAACAAUGUCACAUCCUCGGCCAACAACUCGGAUGAUGAAGACAGUGAUCUUGGAGCUGGUCCACCGCCCUCUGCUGCUGGUGGUGCUGGCAACAACCUCAAGGAUAAGCGCAGGGAAGCCCACACUCAGGCUGAGCAGAAGAGGCGUGACAGCAUCAAGAAAGGCUAUGAUGCACUGCAGGAACUGGUGCCUAUGAUGCCCUCAAACAGUGAGAGUCUCCCCCCAUGUAAGCUCUCUAAGGCCACCAUCCUGCAGAAGAGCAUAGACUACAUGCAGUUCUUGCAAAACUGCAAGAAGAAGCAAGAAGAGGAGCUAAACGAGCUGCAGAAGAAGGCUAUGGCCAUGACCAUCCUCAAGCUGAACUACGAGACCAUCGUGGCUGCCCACCACAGCCAGCGUCCUGGCAACGCUUUGCGUCAGGUCUCCGAUGACAUGAAGUUCCAAGUCUUCCGCGCGGUGAUGGAUUCCCUGUACCAGACGUUCGAGCCGAGCGUCAUCACGGGCAACUUUACCGAAAUCUCUGGCUCCGUCAUAGCCUGGCUUGAGGAGCACUGCAAGCCACAGAUCCUACGCGAGAUUAUGUGCGCGGUGCUGCAGCAGCUGCAGCAACACGAGGCCGGCGUUCAGCAGCAGGAGGCUAUGGAGCAGGACGGUCUGGACCUCCAGCAUCAGAAGCUCGGCGUGUCUAAGACAGAAAGAUAUUACUAACCGCAUCCUCUGAGCCGCUCGUCAGGCUAAUGGAGUCUUACUGUGCUGAGUGCUGCCUUAACCCAUUGUCAGCUAAUAAGUUAACUCUUGUCAAGGCUAUUCUUACCUGAAAGCCGGGUAAUGGUAGCUAAUUUCUGGCAGACAAUAGAAAUUCUUAUCUGCAGAGACAUCAACUUACGUCCAUGGCAUUUACAUCUAAAGAAGACCUGCAGCAGUACUACCAAAUAUAAUUGAAAGUUCAUACCUGACAGCUAAUCACUUGCAGCUUUUUUACAAAUCCACCAGCAUAUGAAAAAUCGGCCACCACGUGUACAUAACGAGUUUGGUAUUACGGCUUAUGUUAACCUAUCAUUACCGUCAGUAGACGUCAGGGUGAAGCGUGGUGCCCGCUAGUGUGAUGAUGGUGCUAUAGAUCCCUUCAGGUGCUACGCUGGCUCCCACGCGUGGUAUGCCACAACAACCAUAGGUCAUCUCCCAGUUUUUCUCCAAUCUUUUGUAUUCUACCAUAUCAAAUUUGUAAUGAUGUAGUUGUAUUUCACUAUCUGAUGAUCACAGUGUUUUGUCUUGAUGUAUUAAACACUGCGGCGUGAUAUAACACGAUGCCAACUGUGCCUUAUCAGAGAUCGGUAAAUAAUUUUCCAUCCUGUAAAUCAUUCAAUCUUGGUUAUUUUUGGUUCUCCUUUGGUGCCUGGGGGCAUUUCGGAUACAAGUUCAAAUUAAAUGUGUGUGUGACUGCCUUGCUCAUGCGUAUUUUGCCGUGUCCGUAAGUUUUUUUUAUUGUAUUUUUUUGUCUAAAACACGAAUGCUUGAGAACAAGACUAUAUAUAAUUAGUUUUUAGCGUGCCUUAUUUUCAGGAAGAGAUCGUUCACAAGGAAGCAUUUCCAGAAGCCUUCAUCGACAUCACUUGAACUUAGCUUAUCUCGUAAUAAUGUUCAAAUAAUAUUUCAGCUCAUUUGUUUGUUGUUGCGACCGUAAGAGUUGCUGUGUGUACGCCGUGGUGAUCACAACAACGUUAUACGUAGCUAUUUUACUGGUAUGCUCCCUACUGGCAAUAGUAUCUAUAAAUCAAUUGUGUUUAUUAUAAAGUAUACCAUAGAAAAUUAGUAUAGAUUUAUUUUGUUUCAUGUUAGAAAUUGAAUAACUUUUAUCGUAUUUCUUUUUUAAAAGUAGUUAAGUCUUAAGAUAGUGAAUGCAGCGAUUCUUAUUGCCGUACGGGUUCAGGUCACGACC